CCCCAACCCCGAACGUGCCACAUGCCAUGACAGAAAAAGAAAAUUCUCGAUGAGCUUGGGGACUCCCGGUACUCCCAUCACUUUCGACGAGACGCCGUACCGCGCUGCGUUCUUCGGGGUUGGCAUCCGCUUCAUCACCAAGGCAGGAAAGAUUACCCAGCGAGGGCUUAGCUUGAGCAUGCUGAGCAAGUCCAUGGACUUUGCGGCCAUCAACGGCGAAGUCAUGAAGGUCGUGGUGGACGACUACAGGUUGGACCGGUAAAAGUGCGUCGGCUUCAUGCUCGACGGAUGCUCCGCUAACCUGAAGGCCCUCGACACGCUGAAAAUGAACUUUCGGAUCGCUACCGGCGUGCGGUGCUUUUCCCACCUUUGCAAC